AUGGUAGCGAGGAUAUCCCUCCAGGCUCCCCGGAACCGCUCCAACGCGGCUCUUUGUGUCGCGGCUGGUCUCUUACCAGCAGACUUGGAGCUCAAGACUAUUGCAGCCGUAAGGCUGUCCGCACUUGGCUGUGCGAGGGCCCUAGACCAGACACUCGCGGUCAGAGGUCUGACUGUAACAGAGAGUCAAGAUAGUCUGGACAAGGUCCAGCACUGGCGGGGUCUGCCUAUCUUACCAUGGCAACCUUGGGUCAAGACUACGAUCCGGGACAAAGAAAGAGCCAAGAGCUAUGCGCAGGCGGCUCUCCUCUCCGGAAAUGCCAUCUUUACCGAUGGCUCGAGGGUCAAAGACCGUAAGACCGGUGCUGGAAUGGUGGUAUAUCGUAAGGGUGUAGAAGUUCAUUCCAACUACUGGAAACUCUCUCCUUACGCUACUAUUACGGACUGUGAACUCCUCGGAGUUCUUGAGGCAGUCCGCUGGGUUAUCCUGACGACGGAAGGAGAGGAAGAAUGGGCAGUCUUCACGGACUCUCAAGCAGUACUCAAGAUCCUGUCGUCGAGAUCUACGGUGGCUCGGCGGGACAAAGCGAGACAGAUCACUCUGCUCUUAGCUGAAAUCCCGGACAAGGUUACCUUCCACUGGGUGCCUGGUCACAGUGGCAUGUUUGCUAAUGGCCGAGCCGAUGAAUUGGCAGCCAAGGGUGCCUCCAUGAUGGAAGUCUCUGCGGAGACGGAAAUCAGUGUGAAGACCCUUAGGCGUUAUCAGGCCGAAGCCGGGCGUCUGGCACUGCGUAAGUGGUGGUCAGACAAACGGGCCGGUCUAGGCACUUGCGUCAAUGACUUCUUCUACUGUGCCUCGCAUGCGAGGCUAUGGAGUCGAGGGGAAGUUACACUCGCUGGCAGUGCCGUGGUUUUUGGUAGGGCUCCCACUCCUGCGCAUCUUCACAGGUGUGGAGUAAUCGCCUCCCCAGAAUGUGAUUGCGGAGCUCCGAUAGGGGAUGUUAGACAUCUCCUCCGUUCCUGUCCACUCCUAGAGCAGGCUAGGAAACGGGUCAAAAGUGGUGUACCCUAUCACUUCUAUAAAAUGGUUGUCGAUUUAAAGCGGCGCAAGGCCUUCAAUCGGCUGUUUUUGUCCCUCAUGCAGCAUCUAGAUGCUCGCAGGGGUUUGCUGUAG